CUAUAGUUGCUUUUACUUCAUGUUUUAGCUGUUGACCAUCACACUUUAGUAUUUUAAGCAUUUUUUCUAAAUAUAAUCCAAAUUUUACUGUCUGUAUUUUAGGUGCACUUUUUAAUAUUGAGCUCAAAGUGCCGCUGUUGCUCCAUUAGUUUCAGAUAUAUCGCAGACAGCUUGUACCUCCCUUCAUUUCUUCAUUUUAGAGAGAAAAAAAACGACACAAGUGUAAAGCACCGUUUGGAUUUUACACGAUACUCUGGAGCUCCUGAAACACAUUUUUUGUUUGGAACAAGCCAGCCAUUACAACCCAGGCUUAUUUAUUUAUUUAUUUUUCUUUUAAGAAAACAAAUACCGCUGCAUUUUGUUGUUCAUAUAUGGAUAACGUGGGACAAACAAUGAAAGGGCAAGUACUGCUGUUGUUCUCCGUCCUCUCUUUCUGCUCGGUGCUCGCGCAGGUCAGCUAUUCCAUUCCAGAGGAAAUGCCCAAAGGUUCUUUAGUUGGUAACAUSGCGAAAGACUUUGGUUUAGACAUUAAAAGACUAAAGUCGGGCAAAGCUAGGAUAUUUAGCAGAGACGGUGAUGAAUACGUGGAGCUGAAUAAAGAAAGAGGCGUCCUCCUCAUCAAAAACAGGAUCGACAGAGAGACGCUUUGUGCACAGACGACGCCUUGCGCCUUACAUUUUCAGAUCAUAUUAGAAAAUCCCAUGGAGUUUUACAGCGUGACGGUAGAGAUCACAGAUGUUAAUGAUAAUCCACCCUCAUUCGAAAAGACUGAUGUCAAAUUUAAAAUCAGCGAGUCCGCAGUCCGCGGUGCUAAAUUCAUUUUAGACCGCGCCGUGGAUCUGGAUGUGGGUGGAAACGGACUGCAGACAUAUAAGCUUGAGCCGACAGAGAAUUUUGCUCUGAGGUUACACGACCAGGCAGACGGGACUAAAAACAUCGAAAUGGUGUUAGAGAAAGCUCUCGACCGGGAAAAACAGGAGCGCCUGUCCUUGGUGCUGACUGCGCUGGAUGGCGGAGAGCCGCAGAUGACAGGAACAAUGCAGAUCCUGAUCACCGUGUUGGAUAGUAACGACAACGCUCCCGUUUUUACGCAGUCUGUAUAUAAAACUGCAGUUAGAGAAAACUCAGCCGUCGGAACAGUUGUAUUGACAGUCAGCGCUACAGAUGCAGACGAAGGUUCAUAUGGAAAAAUAACGUAUUCAAUAUCCAGUAUGUUAGAUAAUGCGCGUGGAUUAUUUGAAAUUAAUCCAGAAACUGGUGAGAUUCGGAUGAAAGGAAAUGCUGAUUACGAAAAAGCUCGCUCAUUUCAGAUAAAUAUCCGUGCUAGUGAUGAUGGCGGCCUUGUUGACUCAUGUAAAGUGAUGAUUGACGUCAUAGACGAAAAUGAUAAUAAACCAGAUAUCCAGAUUAUGUCUAAAUCAAAUGUGAUAUCAGAGGAUGCAAAAGUUGGGACUGUGGUGACGAUGAUAAAUAUAGAAGAUGCAGAUUCAGGUGAAAAUGGAAAAGUUCAGUGUUUUAUUAAUGAUAAUAUUCCUUUUAUAAUGAAAGAUUCAACUGGAAAUUUCUACAGUUUAGUGACAGACAGUGAGUUGGACAGAGAGAGAGCCUCUGAGUAUAAUAUCACAGUGAGCUGCUCUGAUGAAGGAGUGCCCUCCCUCUCCAGCAGCGUCACUCUCACCUUGCAGAUCUCUGAUGUUAAUGACAACCCGCCUGUCUUUGAUAGCAGCUCAUAUGAGGCCUACAUUGUAGAAAACAACACACCAGGUCUCUCUAUAUUCACAGUGAAAGCCACAGAUGCUGACUGGAACCAGAAUGCUCGUGUUUCUUACAUACUGGAGGACUCCUCUGUUCACGGAGUGCCAGUCUCAUCAUAUGUGUCCGUUAGUCCAACCCGACAAAGAGAUCCACCCAGCUCAGUGUGCAGCUCAUGA